UGGGUGGUAGCGGUGCGGGUCCCGGGGAUGCGCUACCGUUCCCGGCUCCCGCUGCAACAUGUCGGGCUCGGGGCCGCUGCCGCUGCCGCUGCCGCUGCUCAUCCUGAUGCUGCUUGUGGGUCACUCCCGGGCCCUGGUCCUGGCCCCGGAGGCCGGGCUGCGGGAGAUGCUGCGGGAGGUGGGCGAGCUGACCGAGGACACGCAGCGCAAACUGCAGGGAGCCGCCCGGGAGAUGGACCUGAUGCCUGAGAGGCUGCCCUGGGACCAGGAGUCGGUGCCCAAGGAACAUCGCAAUGAACCCAUCACCCUCCUGGGAACCGAAGACCCAUCCACAUGGGCUCAGCGGGAAUCCGGCAAGGAAUGUAUCGUGGAUGAGGACUGCAGGGAUGACCAGUUCUGUGAGACCAACCCGCUGGAGCCCAAGUGCCUUCCGCGCAGAGGAAGUGAACAGAAUUGUACCCGUGACGGCCAGUGUACCCGGGGCCACCUGUGCAUCUGGGGAGAGUGUCGAGCGAACGCAGUGAGGGGGCAACUGGGCUCCAUCUGUGAGCAACAACCACAGUGUGGUCCACACCUGUGCUGUGCCUUCCACAUCGACCUCUUGUUUCCUGUCUGCACCCCACUGGCUGAGAGAGAGCGGCCAUGUCACGACCCUGCCCACCAGCUAUUGGACCUCGUCACCUGGGAGAUGGAUCCGGACGGGGCGUUUGACCGCUGCCCCUGUGCCAGAGGACUGCUGUGUCUUCCAGCAGGGGACACCUUGAUGUCCGUGUGCAAGGACCGCAAGCAAGCAGCGGUCACUAAAGAUCUCCCCGACAAGACGGAAAUGGAAGACCUCCGUCUCUCAGCAUGGGAGGACCCCAAUGACAGAGAACAUCACCACACGGCGGCAGAUAAAGACGAGGAAGCCGAGCUCAGGACUGCACCAAUCUCCCCAGGAGUUGCUCUUCCUGAAUUACAGAGAGAGAGCUCAGCUAGUGAUCCAAGAUGGUCUACGCAAAGAUUGAUGGACGGUGAAUGGUACCAAACCUGCCUCGGUGUGGCCGCAAAACAUGGGUGACAAGUACACUGGGUUCUCAGCUGGUGUAUUUAGAAGCUUCAUUUAAUGCACCAAUGCAUAAUGCUGGACUUCCUACUUCAGGUCAAGCUGGUGCUUUUAACCUUCAUAUUUCCCACGAGGAGAGGUUUAACAGACGUUACCAUUAUUCUCUAGAGUUUGGAAGAAUGAGAGCAGGAGAGAGCUCACUGAAAUUUACAAAAUUAUUUUCAGACUUUGCAAAACAAAUGCAGCAUGAUUCCCAUCUGAGGUAUCCAAUCUGAAUAAUUUCAGGACCGAGAAGAGAAUUCUACCCUAAGAGGGUGGUGAAUGGUUAGAACUCUCUACCCUAGAGGAAUGUGAUUGAAUCCCCUGACUUUCAAUCUGAAGGGUCUCGAUCCAAAAUGUCACCUAUUCCUUUUCUCCAGAGAUGCUGCCUGACUCGCUGAGUUACUCCAGCAUUUUGUGUCCACCUUUGGAAGGUGCAUACCAGAUGCAUACCAGUGGCUCAGUCAUUGAGUUUUGUUCAGAAACAGAUAGUCAUAUUUCUGGUAAUUAAGGACAUCUAAGGAUAGAGGAACAGUGCAAGAAUGAAGGGGGAGAAAAAAAAAUCAGCCAUCAUCUUGAUUCAUUGUUGACCACAUUAAGGGUGAUG